UGGUUCCGUGAGCCCUCCAGAGACAUGGGAGGAAGUGGACAUAUCAUCCACCGACUAUGCUCGUAGGCGCAGGGAACUUAUGGAGAUGAUGGCUGACCUUCGAUCUAUGGGUGCCGACGCUUUGAUCGCCUUACCAUCUGUAGUCGUCAUUGGUGGCCAAUCAGCGGGAAAAAGCUCACUCGUCGAGGCCGUCAGUGGGAUCAACGUCCCAAGAGAUAGUGGAACGUGUACAAGAUGCCCUAUGGAAUGUAACAUGUCUAGUCAUACCACAUCGUGGUCCUGCACUAUCACCCUACGUAUCGGUUUCGAUAGUAACGGCCUAGACCUCCAAAAGCCUACUAAUGUGCGAUUUGGCCAAAUGAUCACUGACAGAAGUGAAUUCGAAGUUUGGCUGCGUCGUGCUCAGGCAGCUAUCUUGAACCCGAACGUUUCUUCUUCCACUUUCCACACAAAGACCAUCGAGGAACUCAAGAACAUAAAAAAUACAUUGAAGUUUUCUCGCAAUGUCGUGUGCGUCUCGAUCGAAGACCCCGACGCAACUGAUCUGUCAUUCUAUGAUCUGCCUGGUCUAAUUCAGAACGAAGAACCCGAAAUGGUUGCAUUGGUGAAAAGUCUGGCAGAGCAUUAUGUCGAGAAAAAAAACACUAUCAUUUUGACUACGAUUCCCAUGAGUGAUGAUAUGGAAAAUCAACAAUCAAUGAGUCUCGCCAGGGCCGCUGAUCCCAUUGGAAAGCGAACAAUCGGCGUGCUUACAAAACCUGAUACGCUUGGUACUGGAGCUAUCAACCAACGCCGCAAAUGGGUAGAAAUCAUCGAAGGUCGUUCAGAGGAGCACACACUCAGGCACGGUUUUUAUUGCGUGCGUCUUCCCGAUGAUUCCGAACGUGCACAACGCCUAUCUCGUGCUGAAUCGCAAAGGCGUGCUGCUGAAUAUUUUGACACGACGUCGCCCUGGAAGGAUGUGACCGACCGUCAUCGAUUCGGGAUUCCAGGCUUUGUGUCCGAUAUAAGCCGACUGCUCAUUCGAUUGAUUGAGGAAACUUUACCAUGUCUUAGAGAAGAUGUCGACACGCUCCUGGCGAAAUGCACCAAGGACUUCGAUGAACUGCCCCCACCACUUGAAAAUGACCCACAAAUCGAGGUUUUAGGACGACUUAACGCAUUCUGCGAUGACUUCAGGAGCUUUGUGAAUGGCAGUCACGCAGACAAAAGUCUUGCCCAGCGGAAUCGUGCUUUCUAUGCCAUUUUCAAGAGGGAUAUACGCGGCACUGCCCCAGACUAUAGACCUUUCAAUGAACCGCAAGACUACGUUCCACUGGAUGAUACUGAAGGAAAUAUGACUCUUACUGAGCGAGACCCAGGCGUGAAAGCGAUGGGCAUAUAUGAUAUUCGCAAGGCUAUUCAAGAGGCAAUCGGAUGGGAGCUUCCCAACAACGUGCCAUAUCAGGCAAAGGCAAACCUCAUUGCUCAAUUCACCAAACUUUGGGUUGCUCCGUCUGAGCGCUGUCUUGCUGGUGUCAAUAAUGUGCUUGAUCAAGUCGUCGACGCACUGAUAAGCACCCAUUUCGGACGCUUUAAAGUUCUCGAGGAAUAUUUUGGCAAUUUGAUUCGAAUUCAGGUUGAUAUCUGCAGGGCGCGUGCCAAAAACGCUGUCAAAACAGCGUUAGAUUUGGAAACUAUUCCACACUAUACUCAGAACACGCACUAUCUUCAGACACUCCGCGAAAAAUGGCUGGCUCAUUAUAAGACAGUUCGGAGUAGACCUUUUCUGUACAGAGCUCCCAUCUACCAGGGGCCCAUGACGCCACGGCCUGCGUCUCCCGGCCCCUGUGGAUUUAACGGAAUCUCUGAUGUCGAAUGUGACCCGCUACCUGCGUCGGGACGGAAGGUGAAUUUGGAGACGCCCGAAGCCAAAGCUUUGAGGGCUCUUGCAGAAGCGGGGUAUGCAGGUCUUCAGGUUUCAGAUCUUGCAAGGUUGUUACCUCCAGACUCAUUCGAGGAAGAGCUGGUUGUGAUGGCCGACGUUCGAGCCUAUUAUCACGUUGCCUAUAAGCGGAUCAUUGACCAUAUCCCUUUCACGAUCGAGCAUGCUCUCCAUCAUGCCCUGGCAAACCAACUUUCGCAGAGCCUUCUCAUGAACUUGCUAACUGAUGCCGCAUCUGCGCCCAACUUCUCUGAGCGAAUGAAGGAGUUGGUCAGCGAAGAUGCUUCUAUCGCUCAGAAGCGCCUAAUGCUCACGACAAGAAAAGAACGCCUGUUGAACAUUCGCCGGAGACUGAUGACCUUCAGCAAUAUUAUUUGAUUACUGUGAGGAUCAUGACAUAUGUUCGUUGCUGGGUUUCCGUGUCAAUGUAGAUAUUCUGUACUUCCUGUUG